AUUCUGACCCUGAUUGUUGGGGUAUGGGUUGUUUUUUAAAAUCUGAGGUUUAGGGUCCUUUUUAAACGCGCAGUCCCAGCGAUAUAGAGUCAGGAAAAGCCCAACUCUGCCAGAUUUUGAAUGAUUCCCUCCUCAUUCUCCUUCAGGCUCCGAACCGCCCUCCUGUGCUUGCUCUGCCCUGAGUCCUGUCAUCAAUCAAACUGCACUGAGGGGAAAAUUGUGCAAAUCCUGAGAGAGAGAGACGAGAGAGAGAGAGAGAGAGAGAGCUCCAGGAGACAGUUUGGAAAAGUUCCUCAAAUCAGCCCCAUCAUCCCCACAUUCCUGACGAAGGGUUUAUGCCUGAAACGUCGAUUUUCCAGCUCCUCGGAUGCUGCCUGACCUGCUGUGCUUUUCCAGCAACACCCUCUCGACUCUGAUCUCCAGCAGCUGCGCUCCUCCCUUUGUCCUGGGUCAAAUGGAUUGUCUGUUGAAUCUCCUACUGUGUGUUGUCACGCUGUUCCACCUCUCCCUGCCUAGACUCUCUCAGAUGGCUGUGUCCACAGGGAGGAACAGGCCGGAGCUCAGUGGGAGACUGCUGCUUCUCGGGCUGUGGCUCCUGGCCGUCUCUGGGCAGCGGACCACGCCAGCGCCCCUCCAACGGGAGAAGGUGGGGGUCCGAUUGUCGGGCUACCCCCGCAAGCACAACGAGGGCCGGGUGGAGGUGUCCUACGAGGGAGAGUGGGGGACCAUCUGCGAUGACGACUUCAAGCUGGACAAUGCUGUGGUUCUGUGCCGGAUGAUGGGUUUCACCACGGCCGUGGGCUGGACACACAGUGCCAAGUACGGCAAAGGGACAGGGAGGGUGUGGCUGGAUAACCUGGAUUGUCGUGGGACAGAGAAGGACGUCUCGGAGUGCAAAUCCCUGGGGUGGGGGCAGACUGACUGCACACACGAGGAGGACGCUGGAGUCAUCUGCAAGGAUGAGCGCAUCCCCGGAUUUGUAGACUCGAACAUCAUCUCGGUGCAGAGUGAGCAGAUUGAGGAGGUGCGCCUGAGACCAGCUGUACCCAACGCCAGGCAGCGCCUGCCAGUCACUGAGGGCUUUGUGGAGGUCCAGUACAAAGGCCAGUGGGAGCAGGUCUGUGACAAUGGCUGGAUCUACAAGAACAGCCGAGUGGUCUGCGGAAUGCUGGGAUUCCCCGCUGAGAGGAGGACCAACAAGAGAUUCUACAAGAGUUUAAGGAGGCGCCGGGCGAAAAGAGGCAGGAGCUCCCCCCCAAGGAUGGUGUCCGGGCGCCAUGUGCCGCGUUACCGGGUGCACUCUGUGGUGUGCCUGGGCAUGGAGACACACUUCUCCCUGUGCCAGUUUGAGCUGGUGAAGGGGAACAGCAGCAGGCAGUGCCCAGGAGGUAGCCCUGCCGCCGUCAGCUGUGUCCCAGGGCCCAUGUUCAGUAAAGGCCGCAGGAGGAAGCAGCCCGAGCUGACUGUCCGACUGAAGGCUGGAGCAAGGAUUGGAGAGGGUCGUGUGGAGAUUCUCAAAGGCAGUGAGUGGGGCACCAUCUGCGAUGACCGCUGGAACGCUGUGUCUGCCAGUGUGGUCUGCCGGCAACUCGGCUUUGGGAGUGCCAAGGAGGCAUUGACCGGGGCUCGAAUGGGUAAAGGAAUGGGGCCGAUCUAUCUGAACGAGGUUCAGUGCACUGGGUUUGAGAAGUCGAUAUGGGAUUGUGCAGCAAAGAAUAUCUCCCAGGACAACUGCCGUCAUACUGAAGAUGCGGCCGUGCGCUGCAAUAUUCCCUACAUGGCUUUCGAAACUUCGAUCCGCAUCCGUGGAGGACGUACCCGUUAUGAGGGCCGGCUGGAGGUGCUGACCACAGCAGCCAACGGCACCCGGCACUGGGGCCUGGUCUGCGGAGAGGCCUGGGACAUGUUGGAGGCCAUGGUGGCGUGUCGGCAGCUGGACAUCGGAUACGCCAAUCAAGGUGUCCAAAUUCGGAUUGUCGGUGGGAGAACCGCCUACGAAGGCCGUGUGGAGAUUCUGCACGGCGGCAACUGGGGGAUAGUAUGCAGUGACGGGUGGACCACCAGAGAGGCUAUGGUGGCCUGCAGACAGCUGGGGCUGGGCUACUCGCUGCACGCUGUAACGGAAACCUGGUACUGGGAUGCUGAUACCGGGGUCAAAGAGAUGGUGCUGAGUGGAGUGAAGUGUACGGGAGACGAGAUGACACUGAGCCAGUGUCAGAGCCACGGAGAAACUGUCAAGUGUAAGAAGACGGGCACUCGGUUUGCUGCUGGAGUGAUCUGCUCAGAGACUGCCUCGGAUCUGAUCUUGGAUGCACGUCUGGUCCAGCAGACAGCGUACAUUGAGGACCGGCCCCUGCACAUGUUGUACUGUGCUGCUGAGGAGGAUUGUCUCUCCAGCUCAGCCCGGAAUGCCAACUGGCCGUAUGGGCAUCGCAGGCUACUCCGAUUCUCCUCUGAAAUCCACAACAUUGGGCGGUCAGACUUCAGACCCAAGGCUGGGAGACACUCCUGGGUCUGGCACGAGUGUCAUGGACACUACCACAGCAUGGACAUUUUCACCCACUAUGACAUCCUGACGUUGAACGGCAGCAAGGUGGCCGAGGGACACAAGGCCAGUUUCUGCCUGGAGGACAGCGACUGUGAUGACAACGUGGCGAAGCGGUAUGAGUGUGCUAACUUUGGAGAACAGGGGAUCACUGUGGGAUGCUGGGAUUCCUAUCGUCAUGACAUUGACUGCCAAUGGAUCGAUAUCACUGAUGUCAAACCAGGAAACUACAUCAUGCAGGUUGUGAUUAACCCAAACCAUGAAGUGUCUGAGAGUGACUUCACCAACAACGCCAUGAAAUGUAACUGUAAAUACGAUGGCCAUCGAAUUUGGAUGCAUAACUGUCACAUCGGCGAUGCUUUCAGUGAAGAGGCUGAGCGGGAGUUUGAGAAAUACCCGGGCCAGUUGAACAAUCUGAUUCCCUAAUCACCGUCUCCCCGGGGACUCUGCUCUGUUCUUGGUGCUAAUGUCCUCCUGAAUUCAACUGGGUGUCCUCCCUCUCCCAAUAACCUCUCCUCAUCCCACCAAACAGUCAGCAUUGACCCCUGACGGCUGAGACUGGAUAGCCGGAUGUUUCAGUAAACACACGAGUGAAAGUGUGUGGAACCCACAGUGAGAAACAGCAAGGUCAGGAAAACGGACAGCAGGUCAUGAGCAGCGCUGGGAAGUGACACUUACCCCCGUGGUCUGCAGCAGUUCAGGAAGGGAACUCUGCAUAACUGGGGAUGGGCAUGAAAUACUGGCCCAGUCAGAGAGGUCCAUUUUCGGGAAUCACAGACAAUACCCAUCCCAUCAUCAUCUCAGUUUGUAGUGGGGGAGUCUCACACACACACCACACAUACACACACCACACACACACCCAUACACACACCCACACACACACUCCUGUCCCCUCACUGUGUGCGUGCGCGCGAUGGGGGAGUCUCUCACACAGAUCCCUUUCCCCUCAGUGUGUGUCUGCGAUGGGGGAGUCUCACACACAGACCCCUGUCCCCUCGCUGUGUCUGCGAUGGGGGAGUCUCACACACAGACCCCUGUCCCCUCACUGUGUCUGCGAUGGGGGAGUCACACACAGACCCCUGUCCCCUCACUCUGUGUGUCUGCGAUGGGGGAGUCACACACAGACCCCUGUCCCCUCACUGUGUGUGUCUGCGAUGGGGGAGUCUCUCUCACACACACACACACACACACACACAACCCCCUGUCCCCUCGCUAUGUGUGUCUGCGAUGGGGGAGUCUCACACACACAGCCCCCUGUCCCCUCACUGUGUGUAAGGAGUGCUACAGACCCAUCCCUCCCUGUUGUGAAACCCCAGUAGCUGACCUCUUAUAUCCAGUCUAUCCUGAAGCCCCUCUCCCAGGGUGCGAUGAGCUGGGAUUGACAAACACCUCAAUGCAGAAACCUGGGCCCAGGUUAAUGUUUCUUCCAUUUCCCGUCCAUUCCUGUCAAGUGGAGAGAGUGUGAGCACUGACCAGUACAACCAAUCGUCCUGCCCCAUCCCUGACCUGCCCUCACCUGCAGCAUCGUGGUGAGUGUGACUGUUAUAGCCUGCAGUUUGUACAGAGAGAGAGAGAGAGAGAGAGGGCUCUCACCAACAACACAAGACAAAGUAUGCAAGAUCGACAGUAAAUUUUAUUAAAUUUAAGAGUUUAUAUAUAUAAUUUACAAACCUUCUAAUACCUGAGUAUCAGCCCGAACCUGUAAUUAAUAGUUUGAAUAAAAGUUUGCACUUUUUUAAA